AUGUUCUAUUCUCACCAGCUUCUUGCUCGCAAAGCGCCUCUUGGCCAGAUAUGGAUGGCGGCAACGAUGCACGCGAAGAUGAAUCGGAGAAAGCUUGACAAACUCAACAUUAUCAAGAUCUGCGAACAGAUCUUGAAUCCAUCGGUUCCAAUGGCGCUUAGACUCUCUGGAAUACUCAUGGAUGAUGUUACCCGUCUGCUGGUACUUAUGCGCAUCAACUUCGUCGUCAAUUAUCACUCGAAUCCCGCACUCUCUGUGGAAAUAAACGAAGCGUGGAAGGUUAAAGCUGCUCCUGAUCCAACCGUCCUCCCCAAGGGCAAAUCGCAGGCCAAGUCAGUCUCUCUCACUCUAUACGAAGCUGUUACACUGCCAGAGAAUCAGGAGGCAGACCUUGGAGAGUUUGAGCAGUCCCUUCAAUAUUCUAAUGCAUCCACAAUGAUGGGGUUCCAACAAACCUCCUAUAUAGCAAUGGCGGAUACAGACUACAAUCGCUUUGAAAGGUUUGAUAUUGAAGGGGAUGAAGAUACACAAGUGAAUUUCCAUCCACAAGAGAACACACAAUUCCCAAGCACUAUUAUACCCUCUCCACCCCUUCAAGAGCCUCGAAAACCUGAUGAAAUCCUGGAGCAGCAUCCUGAGGACCAAGUCAAUCAACAAUCAGAUGAAGGCAAGGAAACCAAUCAGCCGCAGCAGGAUAUACAGAGGCAAGGGACAACUCGAAGGAGAGCCAAAAGGCCAGCAGCUUUUGCCAUGGAUUAUGAACAAACCAUCAUCCCUGGUCCCAUAUACCAAUCUUGGCUUCAGAAUGCAUCUGAUAUGGUCUCGAGAAGAGGAAGAAAGAGAAAGGUAUGCCCCUGA